UCCACUGCCUCUCCCUCUCCAGAGAGCACUACCAACUUUGAAAUCGUUUUCUCCGUGAAAAAGGAGGCACCUUUGAAUGAGGAAGCAGGAGGGAAAACAAGGACCUUGUGUCAACCGUAAAGGUUGAGCUUUAGUCCCACCAUUAUCCUUGCCUUUUGAUAUAUCAAGCAGCAAUGGUUCCGAGCUAUGACUAUGCUUCCUCUGCCCUCCUCUGCGUUGAGGACAACAGUUGCAUCCUGGGUUUUGAUGACGGUGACGGUGAUAACGACGAGGACGAGGAGCAUACCCGUGGUUGUGUUUCUCAACAAAAAAGGUGCGAUUUUUAUGGGGAUUUCCCCACGGGCUUUCCCCCCCAAUCGGACGAGUGCUUGGCUUUCCUGGUCGAGAGGGAGUCCGCGCAUAUGCCGAGGGAGGACUAUGCCGAGAGGCUGCGUUCCGGGUCAUUAGACUUGUCCAUUAGGAGAGAUGCCAUUGAUUGGAUAUUGAAGGUCCAUGCGCAUUAUAAUUUGGGACCAUUGAGUGCCUAUUUAUCUGUAAACUACUUGGAUCGGUUCCUCUCUACCUAUGAGCUUCCUGAAGGCAAGGCUUGGAUGACACAACUAUUAUCUGUGGCAUGCUUAUCAUUGGCUGCGAAGAUGGAGGAAACCGAUGUCCCUCUCUGCCUGGACUUGCAGGUGGGCGAGGCAAAAUAUGUAUUUGAAGCUAGGACUAUACGGAGAAUGGAGCUUCUGGUUCUGAGCACACUUAAAUGGAGGAUGCAAGCUGUGACUCCAUUCUCUUUUAUCGACUUCUUCCUGAACAAAUUCAGUGGUGGCAGUGUGCCAACUAAAGCGGCGAUCUGUCGAUCGAUGGAGCUCAUUUUGAGCACAAUUAGAGGGAGUGAUUUGCUAGAAUUCAGGCCUUCCGAGACUGCUGCAGCCAUUACAGUGUUGGUUUUGGAACAGACACAAACCAUGGAUGUUGAGAAAGCUGUGUCCGGUUGCAUCCAAGUAUCAAAGGAGCAAGUGUUGAGAUGUUAUCAAGUGAUUAUAGAUAUGGAAUUGAGGAGAAACAGGGAACUCAAAAAUGAUAGCAUAUCACUCAAAAAUGAUAGCCCCAUUGGUGUCCUGGAUGCCGCAUGCCUGAGCUAUAAAAGCGAUGAGAGAACUGCUGAAUCACAUGUAACAUGUCAUCAUAGUUCUGCAAGUAAAAGGAGGAAAAUAAGCAGGCCAUGAAUGAAAAGCUUGGUAUCUCUCAUCUGCUUGGGAGGAUUUGUUACCAUCAAACUGGUAGUUUGAUAUGGCCAUAAUCUUAGAUUAAAAAAAGAAAAAAGAAUAAUUUCUCAUAUGCCUACAAUUUGAAUG